GUUGCAACGUAGCAAAAGCGCUCGUUAUGGCCAGAAAUCGAGUCAUUUGAUAAGCAAAUCAAUAUUUCCACAGUAGAACCAUGGCGCUGAUAAGCCAGUAGCGAGACUGAAACGCUUAUCAAACGUAAAGGCAAACGAAAUAACCAGUAUAUAGAAACUGCAAUUGGAAGAAGGUAGCUGCUUAGCCUAGAUCCAACUGGAGGGGAGCCUUUACCUCUAGGAACGGAUCCACCAGGACGGCAGCAGCUUACCCAGAUUGAAUUGAAAAAGUUUACUCCAACUGAAUCUACCUAGCGCCACCUGCAACAAAGUCGUAUCUCAACGUACAUUCAAGCAUCCAGACUCAGAUGGAGCACAUUCUCUGGAGCUCUUUGGGAGCUCUGGCCCUCUUCUAUGCUCUUGUGAAAUUCUGCUUGGGCUAUUGGAAGCGACGUGGCAUACUCCAUGUCAAGCCAAAAUUUCUGUGGGGCAACAUUUCGGAGGUGGUGCGGGGCAAGAAGCAUGUCCAGCAGCUCCUGCUCUACCUCUACGAGAGCUACAAAGGACGCGCGCCCUUCAUCGGGUGUUAUGUGCUAUGUAAGCCCUUUCUGUUGAUCUUGGACUUGGAACUGGUGAGGAACAUUUUGGACAGCAAUGACGGUUACUUCACCAGUAGAGGACUCUACAACAAUGUGAAAGUGGAGCCGCUGUCCGGAAAUCUAUUCCAGUUGGAUGGGCACCGGUGGAGACAGCUCCAUGCUCAAUCCGCGCCAGUUUUUGCAGCCAGCAAUCUGCACAAGCUAUUGCCACAAUUGCUGAAGUCUUCGAGGAAGUUGCAGUCGGGAUUGGGAGAGAGAAAGCAGGAGUUGAAUGUUAGCCAACUGCUGGACAGCUACAAUGUAGAGUCGAUAGCGAAGCUAGCUUAUGGCCUGUCGUCCGAGGAUCUAUCAGAGUUUUCCUUAAUGACUCGCAGCUACUGGAGCAACUGGAGCUUGUGGCGCGCCUAUUUGGCCAUGGAGCUGCCCAUACUCGCACGCCUUGUGAAGUACCAGAGCUACGAACGGCUAGCCAAUGACUACUUCUAUAAACUAGUCCAGGAGCAAUUGCAGCAACAGCGCAAGAGAGAUCGCCAGCCCCUGCAAAGCUUUCUGCAACUCUUUGCCGCCACUGACAAAUCGCUGACGGAUGCUCAGAUUGCGGCUCAGGCGUUCGGGUUUAUUUUGGCUGGUCUGCAGCCACUGAAUGCGACUCUUGGCUUCUGUCUCUAUGAGCUAGCGCUGCAGCCGGAGCUCCAAGAGCGCGCGAGAGCGGAGAUUAAACGAGUGCUGAAGGCAAACGACGGACAGCUGACGACAGACGGACUCCAGCAACUCAGCUAUACGAAGCAAGUGCUAAAUGAAACGCUUCGUCUGCAUACGCCUUAUCCCUUUCUGCUGCGCCGUGCCACGCGUGAAUUCGAGCUGACCGAAUCGGUCUUUGUCAUCGCUCGUGGCAACAAUGUGGUAAUUCCCGUUGCAGCUAUACAUCGGGAUCCGAAUAUUUAUGUAGAGCCCGAACGCUUCGAUCCGGAGCGCUUUAGGCCGGAUGCAGUGCUUAAAAGGCCGGCAAUGUCCUUUCUGCCCUUCGGCCAGGGUCUGCGUGGCUGCAUAGCCAAGCAACUGGCAGAGCAGCAGCUACUAAUCGGUUUAGUUGCCCUGUUGGAGCAUCACAAGUACGAGCCCAGCGCAGAGACUCAAAUACCCAUGCUCUAUGACCCCAGCAAGCUACUGCUGAUGCCUAGAAAGGAUAUCAAAUUAAGGGUGCAGAGGCUGGAGAAGGACUAAAGAAGGAAAACAAAAUGAGUUUUCUUUCCUAAAUUUAUAAAAAAUUGUUGCUUUUUGGUAUUGUUUUGUAUGUUUUACGUAUUUUGUAUAUGCUACUACUUCAUAUAUUUUUAUUAUAAGCUAGGCUUGUGUGAUAAUUCUGACGUAUUACCUUAAAAAUCGAGAUUUUAAACGGACAAAUGAAACAAAUGAAGAACAAAUAAAUACCUUAAAC